AUGCUUAAAUUUGUGGGCUAUGCAGAAGGUGUUAAAGGCUAUCGUCUAUACAACAGCGAAAAUAAAUCUAUUACUAUAUCCAGAGAUGUUAUAUUUUUCGAAGAGUCGAUUUGUAAUGAACACAAUGUUACUAAUGUUAAUCGUUCAUGCACAAAUGAAAGCGAAUUUAAAAGGCAAACCACAAUCUACACGAAUUAUUACUUUGAUGAUGUUGUUGCUGUGAAUGAUAUUGCUACUGUUAAUGAUGCCGAAGAUGUUGUUGCUGCUAAUGCAGUUGCUGAGAACGAACACGAUAUUGCUGUUGUUAAUUCCAAAAAUGUUAAUAGUUUACCAGACGAAAAUAUUUCUGAUGAUAACAGUUUCGAAGAUGAUUGUAUAGUUGUUAAUGCGGAUGGUCGUGUGAAACGAGGUAGACCAAAAAUUAUUACAACCGGUCGUGUUGGUAAAAAGAGGUUUGCUGUUGAGCAUUCAGACUGGGCUUCUGAUGCAACAGACCGAAAAUCGGUUACUGGCUUUAUAGUCUUCUUUGGUGGCGGGCCAGUACAAUGGGAAGCGAAGAAACAAAAUGUUGUCGCCUUAAGUUCGAUGGAGGCGGAGUAUAUAGCCAUGUGUCAAGGCACUAAGGAGCUGAUGUUUCUUCGAA